AUGUCGCCACCCGCGCCUCAGAUCAAUACUUUUAUGAAAGUAAAUAACAAGCCUGUCAUCGAUUCAAUCUCCAAGAUUUUUUUCAUCGCUGAGUUAUUUCUGGGUGUAAAUAGACUACCUUUGUUAGGCGUUACAAAGAAAAUCUAUUAUUUGCCAAUUCAUAGAGACGAAGAGCUUAACCGUUUCAAAAAAAUCAUUAAAAAUAAAUCAAAUCUGGAUAUGGCACAAAUAAUGAAGUUAUACCAAAGAAUUUUACAGAUACAUAACUGUCUAUACCAAGCAAUCAAAUGGCAGACUUUGGAUAAUCUGUGGCUGAAAGUAUCAAUAACUCUAAUCGAGCUGAUACCUCUGUCGACACCGUGCAUACUAGCGGACCAAGUCAGUCGGGAAGUGCAUCAAUUAAAAGAUCUUCUUGCAAGCAAACUAUACGAAAAUUCUUUAGACAAAUCCAGCCGCAGUACUGCGCGAGCGUUGCUGACUUUGAUGAAAACGCAUGACAUGUCUUUCACACUUUUCCAUAUGUUUGAUAUAAAUUUAGCGCUACCGAUUAAGUUCUGUGCACUGCUGCUUACUUAUGUAAUUAUAAUGAUGCAAUUUAACAAAGUUCUUAAUCAAUCGAAUUAA